AUGGAAUUACGACGAUCAUGUAGUAAGAAGCGAUUAAGAAUUAUCAAACGAUUGAGUUUGGCAUCACCGAUUGCAACUGCUGAAAAGAAAGAUAAAAAAAAACCUGACAAGAACACAGCAAAAAAAACAAAACGUCGUCCAAUAAAUGAUAAUCAAGAAAAUAUCACAAGUUUAAGAAAGCAUCUCAGUGAUCAAAAUAUUUUAAAGCGGUAUCAAUCGCGCAAAGAUAAGAUAACUACUUUUAACCAUAUGGCUAUUCAAGAUCCUAAAAAGUGUUUAAAACCAGUUCAAACUCAAAUAUAUGCAGGACAGAAACCUCUUCUAUUGUAUAAAUCAAAAUGUGCUGGAGGAGCUUUUGAUGAUAAGAACAAAUACACUUCAGAUCACUCAGGUGCAACUGACGAUGACUCAAUUCCUAGCGAGAGUCAAUCACCAUCACCAUCUCGGAGGUCAUUACAAGAAAAUCUGGAAAGAUCAUCAUCAGUUUCAAGAAUUAGUGAACCUGGACAAAAUAACGAAUUUCAUCACCAAUUUUCAUUUGAAACCCGAAAACGUCAAAGAUAUUUGUCUCAUAGACGUUUACCCAGAGAGGAACAUUCGCCUCGAAGAUCUCCAAAACGUCGAAGAUCUACGUCUCGGGAGCCUUUAUUUGAAGGAGAACCUUCUCCUCGGAGAUCUUCGGAACGUCGAAGAUCUGAGUCUCGUGAGCUUUUAUCUGAAGGAGAACCUUCUCUUCAGAGAUCUCCGAAACGUCGAAGAUCUACGUCUCGUGAGCCUUUAUUAGAAGGAGAACCUUCUCCUCGAAGAUCUUUGGAACGUCGAAGAUCUACGUCUCGUGAGCCUUUAUUAGAAGGAGAACCUUCUCCUCGGAGAUCUUCGGAACGUCGAAGAUCUACGUCUCGUAAGCCUUUAUUUGAAGGAGAACCUUCUCCUCGGAGAUCUUUGGAACGUCGAAGACCUCCGCCUCGGGAGCUUUUAUCUGAAGGGAAACCUUCUCCUCGAAGAUCUUUGGAACGUUGA